AUGGCUUCGUUCCCCGAGUCGGAUUUUCAGAUCUGUCCGCUGUGCAAGGAGAUGUGCGGCUCGCCGGCUCCAGUCUCCUCUAAUUCGUCCACCUCGUCGUCCUCUUCGCAGACUUCAAACUCGUCCGGAGGAGGCGGCGGCGGCGGCAGCGGCGGCGGAUCGUCGUCCUGCACCCCGUCGAGGCGGCUCCACGUCCUACCCUGCCUGCACGCUUUCUGCCGCCAGUGCCUGGAAGCGCAGCGCCACCCAACCGCGGGUGACUCUCUCAAGCUGCGCUGCCCCAUCUGCGACCAGAAGGUGGUGAUCUCGGAGCCGUCGGGCAUGGAUGCGCUGCCCUCCUCCAACUUCCUCCUCAGCAACCUGCUCGACGUAGUUGUCGUGGCCGCCGCCGCCGCUGAAGACCAGAAGAACAACGGUCGCCCGGGCGGCAGCAGCGGCCAAGGAGGCGGCGGCGGCGGGGCGAGCAACAGCAACGCCAACAACCGGCACCCUCAUAGCCGCCCGCAGCCUGCGCAGCAGCAGCAGCACCGCGCCUCUGCAGGCGGCUCCUCCCCGGGCUCUGCCGCCGGCUCGGCGCCGUCCGGGGGAGGCGGGGGCUCCGCGCUGCUGCUCCGGCGGCCCCACAGCCGACAGGGCGAGCCCCGCUGCAGCUCGUGCGACGAAGGCAACGCCGCCAGCUCCCGCUGCCUCGACUGCCAGGAGCACCUGUGCGACAACUGCGUGCGCGCCCACCAGCGCGUCCGCCUCACGAAGGACCACUUCAUCGAGCGCUUUGGCCCAGGACCGCCCGCGUCGGCGGGGACCGGCCCCGCCUCGGCAGCCGCCCAGCUCGCCCUCAGCCAGCCCUAUUCCGCCGCGCCUUACAACAUCCUCUCCGUCUUCCCGGACCGAGUCAACUAUUGCCAGCACCACGAUGACGAGGUGCUGCAUUUCUACUGUGAUGCUUGUUCUGUUCCUAUCUGUCGGGAAUGCACGAUGGGACGCCAUGUUGGUCAUAGCUUUAUCUACCUCCAAGAAGCUUUGCAGGACUCCAGAACCCUUACCAUUCAGCUGCUAGCAGAUGCCCAACAGGGCCGCCAGGCCAUUCAGCUGAGUAUUGAGCAAGCCCAGGCUGUAGCAGAACAAGUUGAGAUGAAGGCAAAAAUGGUACAAUCUGAAGUGAAGGCCGUGACUUCCAGACACAAGAAGGCUUUAGAAGAAAGAGAAUGUGAGCUGCUAUGGAAGGUGGAAAAAAUCCGCCAAGUGAAAGCCAAGUCCCUCUACCUGCAAGUUGAAAAGUUACGUCAAAACCUCAAUAAGCUAGACAACACCAUCAGCGCAGUCCAGCAAGUCUUAGAGGAGGGGCGGAACAUGGAUAUCCUCUUGGCACGGGAUCGGAUGCUUGCACAGGUGCAGGAGAUGAAGAAUGUAAGAGGCUUCCUGCAGCCUCAAGAGGAUGACAGGGUCAUGUUCACUCCUCCUGAUCAGGCACUGUAUAUGGCCAUCAAGUCUAUGGGGUUUGUCAGCAGUGGGGCCUUUGCUCCUCUGACCAAAGCCACUGGGGAGGGUCUCAAACGUGCAUUGCAAGGCAAAGUAGCCUCUUUCUCAGUGAUAGGUUAUGACCACGAUGGUGAGCCUCGCCUUUCUGGGGGAGACAUGAUCUCAGCUGUGGUGAUGGGGCCAGAUGGAAAUCUCUUCGGUGCUGAUAUUUGUGACCAGCAGAAUGGAACCUAUCUGGUCAAUUACAGGCCUCAGAUGGAAGGGGAACAUCUGAUCUCAGUCAUGAUGUGCAACCAGCAUAUAGAAAGCAGCCCAUUUAAAGUCAUGGUCAAAUCAGGGCGCAGUUAUGUUGGCAUUGGACUACCGGGGCUCUGUUUUGCUAGUGAGGGAGAUAGUGAUGGAAAGCUGUGCCGUCCCUGGGGUGUUAGUGUAGACAAGGAAGGCUAUAUAAUUGUUGCUGAUCGUAGCAACAACCGCAUUCAGAUCUUUAAGCCUUGUGGGGCUUUUCACCACAAGUUUGGCACCUUGGGCUCCAGACCUGGCCAGUUCGAUAGGCCUGCUGGUGUUGCCUGUGACUCCUCGCGGAGGAUUGUUGUGGCAGACAAGGACAAUCAUCGCAUCCAGAUCUUCACUUUUGAUGGCCAGUUCAUUCUCAAGUUUGGGGAGAAAGGAACCAAGAACGGGCAGUUCAAUUAUCCAUGGGAUGUAGCAGUAAACUCCGAGGGAAAAAUCCUGGUGUCCGACACAAGGAAUCAUCGGAUUCAGCUGUUUGGGCCUGACGGAGUGUUCCUGAAUAAAUACGGUUUUGAAGGAGCACUCUGGAAGCACUUUGAUUCCCCACGAGGCGUGACAUUCAAUCACGAGGGCCAUCUUGUCGUGACCGAUUUCAACAAUCAUCGUCUUCUAGUCAUUCAUCCCGACUGUCAGUCGGCCCGUUUCCUUGGGUCCGAAGGCACAAAUAAUGGCCAGUUUCUGCGCCCACAAGGCGUGGCUGUGGAUCAGGAAGGUCGUAUUAUUGUGGCAGAUUCCAGGAACCAUCGUGUGCAGAUCUUUGAGCCGAAUGGUAGUUUCUUAUGCAAAUUUGGCACUCAGGGAAGUGGCUUUGGUCAGAUGGACCGUCCUUCAGGUAUUACAGUCACCCCAGAUGGCAUGAUAGUUGUGGUGGACUUUGGAAACAAUCGAAUCCUCGUCUUCUAAUCUGUGUUUAUCUGUACUAGCAAGAAACUCUCAGGGAAAAUCCUUUUAAGAGAUCAUGCCCCCACACAAACACACAAAUAUUUCAAUGAUAGUUCAAACCUACCUCAUCUUUAAUUUUUUAUAGAUGAAUGUACUUUCCCUUUUUAUCUGCAGGGAGUGAACCUGUGAUGUUAUAAACUCUUAAUCUACCUCAUUAUCUUUGUGUUCCUUUGCCUCCACAGUAUACACAGUGCAGUAUAUAAUUAAGCCUCUUUUUCCCUGAAUGGGACAUUCAUGCACAAGCAUGUUUCUGUGCACAUUAGCUGGUUGUGUGAUAAAUUCUGUAGACUGCCAA